AUACAAAACUCACAUAUAAAAAUGGGUUUCCGUUUGCCCGGUAUUGUUGGUGCCAAGCAACUACUUAGGAGGUCUUCUUCAAAUGGAAACCAUGUAGCUUCAACUGUUGUAGCUGAUGUCGCAAAAGGCUAUUUAGCGGUCUAUGUUGGGAAUGAGAGCGGCAAUAUGAAGAGGUUCAUGAUCCCUGUCUCAUAUCUCAACCGGCCUAUAUUCCAAGAGCUGCUAAGUCAAGCUGAAGAAGAAUUUGGAUUUGAUUAUCCAAUGGGAGGCCUUACUAUUCCCUGCGCAGAAGAUACCUUUAUCGAUCUCAUUUCUCGCUUAAGUGCAUGA